UCUGCUUUGGGAAAGAAAAUUGGAGAGGCAGAAGCUAAAAAGAAACAAAUAAAAAUGAGGUUCAGUCCUCACAGUAGGAGGAUGAGAUUCACCCUGAAGACAAGCCCAAAGAAAUUAGAGCAGGUGAAGAAACCAGUCAAGGACAGCUGGCCUUGUAACUUAACCUCCAUCUAUGACUUUGUUUCUUCACCUCCUCAUCAGAAGCCUUUCAGAAAGGAAAAGACACCUUGGCAGGACUGUAAGAAGGAGCUAAGAAAAAAGACUUUAACAAACCUCAACAAACAGGGGGACAUGCUCAGGGGCCAACAGGAAAACUCCGGUGGGAGGAAUAAAGUGAGCCUAAAUGAAAGCAAGGACCCAAUCCUCAGCUCUGGCUCAAAAAAUAUCUCAGGGGUGAGGCUGAUAACCAGGACAGAGCUUGCAGAGAAUGCAAGUGAACUUGCUACAAGUGGUGGUGGACCUGUGAAACCUGAAGAGAAGAGCAGCAAUUGUAACUUUUCUGCUACAUCUAACGUUGGAGGAGAUCUGACUUCUGAAGAGUGGCUUUCCUUAGCAAGGGAAACAGCUCAGUUGAAGUGUGGCAGGCAGCCUUCUGGAUCUCCCAUUUCUUUGCCUAAGCAUCGCAGAAGGAAAGAGUUGACCAGCCACCAGAAGUCACAACUGCGAAAAGAGGCUCCAUGGCAGUUGCCUGGGAAUUCCCCUGUUGUGACCUCUCCUCUUGGGGACUGUGCAGUUUCUUCCCCAUCUCUGCCGUUGUUUGGAAGCUCAUCACCCCUGAGAAACUCAGAAGACUUUCCAUGUGCCAAUGAUCCAAAAGUUUCAGAAGUGCAACCCCUGUCCAGAAAUUGUGCUGAAAGGGAGACCUUCCUCAAGAAAUCCCCCAAUAUUUCAGCCAAGAGAAACCAUAAAGGGGAGUCUUUACUCCAUACUGCUUCCAUUGAGGGGGAUCUUUCUGCUGUUGAAUGCUUGUUGAAAAAAAGAGCUGAUCCCAACAUUAAAGACUAUGCUGGUUGGACACCACUGCAUGAAGCUUGUAAUCAUGGACAUAAGCAGGUAGCUGAGUUACUGCUACGACAUGGAGCACUGCUGAAUGUGACUGGGUAUCAGAACGAUAUGCCGCUUCAUGAUGCUGUCAGGAAUGGACAUACAGAAAUUGUGGAACUGUUGCUUUUGCAUGGAGCUUCUCGAGAUGCAGUGUGA